AGCACUUGACAUUCAUCCAAAUCCAUGAUCUGAUAAACUCAACUCAUCGCAGUUCUUCAUUCUUGUUCUUCUUCGGAAAUACGGAAAUGGCUCUCAGGGCAACUAGCUAUUGGAAAUCUGUAAUGAACCGAAUUGGCAGCCGGAACCGAUCCUUUGCGACAGCAGCUUCUCCCUCCGUUUCCAAGGCCAACAGGUGGGCAAAUGCAAUGGGCGGGGAGUGGACACCUAUCGCUGUGCUGGGCGGGAUGUUGCUUGUGGCAGCUGGGAUGGGGAUCCACACGGCGAAGCAGCAGUUGGUGCACUCCCCUUGCGUUCGAGUGAGUAAGAAGAGGAGGGAGACCGUCCCGGAGGUGGAGGAGCCCGAGCGCAUCAUCAACUCCUCUGACAAGUUCGUCAAGAAGUCCUUCCUCCGCAAGGUGGCCCAUAUUCAGGAGCACCCUCGAACCAUCCCCGACCUGGUCCGCACUGACCCUUACACUCGGCCUCGAGAAGCGCAGACCCUAAAGGCGGUAGGGGUGGACCCAGGGCGCCGUUGAACAGAAAAGCCUGAUCACACAGCAUCGACAAGGUCUUCCUUACUGAGUAGCUCAUCUUGAUGGAGUCGAAGUUCAACUUCAAUAUUGUAUACAUAAGACAUCUAUUUGUUCAUCGUUCGGCCUUCUAGGCCACUUUUGUUUGUAAGGCAAACUAGAUUGUAAAGCCCUGCUGACUGCCCUUCUGAGGCUUCAAUCAGAUUAUGAGGCUGCUGUUAGUUAAUAUAUUUAUGCUACAUGAUUACUUCAUGAAUAAGGACAGCAUCCUAGCUUCCUGGUAAUUAUAAACCUUAUGAAUUAUCAUAAUAUACAAUGCAAUUAUGCAAA